CCGAACGUGGCGGCGAUGUACGAGCUACACUUCGCCGUGCCCAUGGCCAGCGCCGUCCUCUGCACGCUUAACACGCGGCACGACGCGGCCAUGGUGUCCACCCUGCUGAAGCACUCCGAUGCCAAGGUGUUCCUCGUUGAGUCGAGCCUUCUCGGAAUCGGGAGAGACGCGCUGCAUCGUCUCGCCGACCCUAGGUCCGGCGCCGCCAGCAUUCCAGUCCUCGUAACCAUCUCUGACGACACCGACUCCAUCGACCCUGACGUCUGCGAAAAUGAGUAUGAGGCUCUCAUCAAGAGUACCCCUUGGCAUUUCGACAUCCGCUGGCCGGCGAAUGAGUUGGACCCCAUCACGCUCAACUACACGUCUGGCACGACGUCGCGGCCCAAGGGUGUGCUCUACAACCACCGGGGCGUGUACCUGAACACCAUCGCCACGGUCCUCGGUUACGACAUCACUCCGAUGCCGACGUACCUGUGGACUGUGCCCAACGGCUGGAGCCUGACGUGGGUUGUCGCCAUGCAGGGUGGCACCAACAUCUGUCUCCGCCACUUCACGACGAGGGUCAUCUUCGACAGCAUCGCACGACAUGGAGGGACACACAUGGGCGGUGCACCUACGGUUCUCAACAUGACCGUUAAUGCGCCCGCCGUAGAUCGAAGGCCACCGUCGACCGAGACGGUGGUGCGUGUCAUGACGGGCGGCGCGCCGCCACCGCCCCGCGUCCUGGCUGGAAUGGAGGAGCUUGGUUUCGUGGUAUAUCAUAUAUACGGCCUCACGGAGACGCACGGUGCAGCCACUGUGUGCACUUUGACGCCGGAGUGGGAUGCGCUGCCGGUGGAGGAGCGCGCGCGGCUCAAGGCGCGACAGGGGUUCCAUCACAUAGCGAUGGAGGAUGCCGAUGUCAAGGACCCAACCACCAUGGAGAGUGUGCCGCACGACGGUAAGACAGUGGGCGAGGUGAUGUUCCGUGGCAACACAGUCAUGAGUGGGUACUACAAGGAUGUUGAUGCGACCAAAGAGUCCAUGGCGGGAGGGUGGUUGCGCACAGGGGACCUUGCCAUCCGGCACCCAGACGGGUACAUCCAAGUCAAAGAUAGGGCCAAGGACAUCAUCAUAUCGGGCGGCGAGAACAUCAGCUCGAUUGAGGUGGAGUCCAUAAUCUUUGGCCACCCGGCGGUGCUCGAGGCGGCGGUUGUGGCGAGGCCCGACGACCAUUGGGGGGAGACACCAUGUGCCUUCGUCAAGCUGAAGGAUGGCACAAGUUCCACAGAAACAGAGAUCAUAGGCUUCUGUCGGGAGAAGCUGCCACACUACAUGGUGCCCAAGAUAGUGGUAUUUGAGGAUUUGCCCAAAGCUUCCACCGGGAAGACGCAGAAGUUUGUUCUUCGAGAGAAGGCCGGAGAAAACAGGCCGAAAACAGCAAAGGGCGUGUUUGAUUCUGUGUGGUAA